AUGCCUUUUGCAAGGGACGGCUACGAGCUUGCACCGAACAGCUUGCACUACGACGGUCCCCGCGCUCCUCACUCUCUGCUUCAGUCCCGACUGCGAACUUCGGCCGCCAUCCUCAUCGCCACACUGCUCUGCGCGUCUCUCGCUCGACUGUGGCUAGUCGAAGGGACUCUGUAUGCAGAACUCGCUGCAUUGCGAGCCGAGGCCGCUGUGGCUCUGAGGGCGACCGACUCCUCCGCAGCAACACUUGCAUCCGCCGGAUUGCGCAGGGGCUCCUUGAGGACAGUUGUAGGUGGACGGAUAUUGGGACCACAGUACCACAGCAAGGGAUGCUCGUCGACCGAAUUUCUCGCCGCCGUCGCCGACAUUCAGGUCGACCCAGACGGCGCCUCGCGCAACCCUCCCACCGAUGCUACCUAUUCUCUUUCGAGCUUUGACUUCUCCUUUAGGCUCCCACACUGCCCUCAACCACACAUCUUCACGCGCCUCGAGGCGUGCGACCUCCUCGAGAACGGGUUUGGCGGCGUUCUCCUUCGAGGCGACUCCCUGAUGCGACACCUCACCAACGCUCUGUUCCUCAUCCUGCGAGACCGACCAGACGGCGCCGUGCAGGAUCCCGAAGCACGUCAAGUCUGUUGGGGCGACCGCCUGUUCGACGACAAGAAGGAUUGCCGCAAAGUCGCCCUCUUCGACACGCAGGAUCUGCUACUCGACGGCGAGCCAGUGUGCAAUGGCAAGGUCUGGCUCCGCUACGAGCAGCUGCCGUGUCCUGUGGAACCUUCGCGCUAUGUCCCGACCUACCUCGACUGGCGAGACCAGAUGCCGCCAAGUCGCAGCGGUCUCAGUCCAGCCAUCAUCCAGUCCUUCGGGCUGCACUGUCACUUCCUCCCUUUCAUCCCUCGCUUCGGCAUCUUCAAGCCGCUCUUCGCCCACGCAGCAACCGCAUUCCCACGCCCACUACUCCUCUGGAUCGGUAUCAAUGCUCCGGGUCUCAACAAGCCGCCGCAAUACCUCAAGGAGCAGGGCGGUGACCAGGUCCUGCGCUACAACCAGAUAAUUGCGGAGGAGCUUGAUGGCAUGCAGACUUCGAGCGAGACGGCGGCCGAGGGAAAGAUGGCCGUCCUCGAGACGUACGGCAUGACGGACGGCGCCAAGAGCUUUGACGGCACACACUACAUGUGGAAUGUCAAUAUGGAGAAGGCGCAGCUCCUGCUCAACUACUUGGACCUGCUCUGGGGCGAAGUGCGAGACGCCGGCGGUCUGUGGAACCGCACGCAGCUGUGCCCGCUUGGCAAGGGGAACUACCAAUGCAGCUUUGGUGACUGA